AGUAAGUGGAGGUGGUUCCAUGACGGUCAGGGCUGCAGCUCUGCAUCGCACCGACAGGCUUCAGAUCAGCCUUCGUAUUUUUGGCAAUGCAAUCGGACUUAUCGCACUGAUCCAGCCAGGGGACGUUUCCUGAAACAUCUGCGGUCGGCCGCCCGUUUUCAAGCCUCGUUCACCUUGCCUCGAAGAUGAAGUUAAAUACGAGCUGCCGUCAGGUGCAAGCCGCAUCCGAUGGAGCCCUGCUUUUUAUCUCGUUCAUCGACCAACCCGAUGCAGCAGCACUUCCUCAUGUUGCGGUCCCAGCUGACAGAUUCUGAUAUGGACUAUGAGAGGCCAAACGUUGAAACUAUCAAGUGUGUGGUGGUGGGAGACAAUGCAGUCGGAAAGACCCGCCUUAUCUGUGCUCGGGCCUGUAAUGCCACACUGACUCAGUACCAGUUACUCGCUACACAUGUGCCCACAGUCUGGGCAAUUGACCAGUACAGAGUGUGCCAGGAGGUCUUAGAGCGCUCCAGAGAUGUGGUGGAUGAUGUCAGUGUGUCCCUUCGCCUCUGGGAUACUUUCGGAGACCAUCAUAAGGACCGGCGUUUUGCAUAUGGCAGGUCUGAUGUGGUGGUACUGUGCUUCUCAAUCGCCAACCCCAACUCUCUAUAUCAUGUGAAAACCAUGUGGUACCCUGAGAUCAAGCACUUCUGUCCCCGUGCUCCUGUCAUUUUGGUGGGCUGUCAACUGGACCUGCGCUAUGCAGACCUGGAAGCGGUGAACAGGGCACGGAGGCCUUUAGCUAGACCCAUUAAAUCCAACGAGAUUCUUCCUCCAGAGAGAGGUCGGGAGGUGGCCAAAGAGUUGGGAGUGCCAUAUUAUGAAACCAGUGUUGUUGCUCAAUUUGGAGUCAAGGACGUCUUUGAUAAUGCUAUCCGAGCUGCGCUCAUCUCACGCCGACACCUGCAGUUUUGGAAAUCUCACCUCAGAAAUGUUCAGCGGCCUCUCCUUCAGGCGCCCUUCCUGCCACCGAAACCUCCCCCACCUAUAAUCACUGUGCCUCCUCCCCCAACCACCACAGAGGAGCAUCCAGUCGGUCUUCUGGAGGACCCACACUGUGCUGAUGUCAUCCUGGUCCUGCAGGAGCGACAGAAGAUCUUUGCACACAAGAUAUACUUGGCGACAUCCUCUUCAAAGUUCUAUGACCUCUUUAUUAUGGACACGCAAAAUGAGGAGACUGAAAGGCCCUCUCGUGGUCCUCUCUCUGGCCGAGAGCUGCUGAUGCGUGCUGCUAGCUUUGAUGUUUGCGAAAGCAGCGACGAUGGAGACAGGGCCAACCUGAGGGCAUGCACUAGUGAUGGGACUUUGAAAGACUCUGAGGGGGCCCGACGGGGCAGACUGCUCUCCUCGUGGAGCCGAGCCUUCGUCAGCAUCCAGGAGGAGCUGGUGGAUGACCCUGUCACAUACAGCCCCAGGCCCAUGACUGUAGUGCACAUGGACCAGUCCAUGCAGCUCGGUCCUUUCCGAGCAGUGCUUCGCUACCUGUACACUGGUCAGCUAGAUGAGAAUGAGAAAGAGCUAAUGCACAUUGCACACAUCGCUGAGCUGUUGGAGGUCUUUGACCUGCGGAUGAUGGUGGCAAACAUACUUAACAAUGAAGCCUUCAUGAACCAAGAAAUCACCAAAGCCUUCCAUGUACGGCGCACAAACAGAGUCAAAGAGUGCUUGGCCAAAGGCACCUUUUCUGAUGUAGUAUUCAAGCUAGAUGAUGGGACCAUCAUGGCCCACAAGCCUUUACUCAUCUCUAGUUGUGAUUGGAUGGCAGCUAUGUUUGGCGGGCCUUUUGUGGAGAGCUGCACUAAAGAGGUGCUGUUUCCCAACACAACUCGCAGCUGUAUGAGGGCUGUGCUAGAAUAUCUCUAUACUGGGCGGUUUUGUUCUCGGCCUGACCUGGAUGCAAUGGAGCUUAUUGUUCUUGCCAAUCGUCUUUGCCUCCCCCACCUGGUUGCACUUACAGAGCUCUACACAGUAACAGUAUUGACGGAGGCAGCGAUGAUGGGGGCUGACAUUGACGGAGACGUGCUGGUGUACUUGGAUAUGGCCCAGUUCCACGGCGCCCAACAGCUCACUGGCUGGUGUCUUCAUCACAUCUGCACCAACUACAACAGUGUCUGCCGCAAGUUUCCCCGAGACAUGAAGGCCAAGUCUACAGAGAACCAAGAGUACUUUGAGAAGCAUCGCUGGCCCCCUGUGUGGUACCUGAAAGAGGAUGACCACUACCAAAGAGCACGCAAAGAGCGUGACAAGGAGGACUACCUGUACCAGAGACGGCAAUGCAAACGCAAGUGGCUCUUCUGGAACCUUCCUUCCUCCCCUAACUCAAACUCUCCCUCCUCUGGCUCAUCCGCUGUCAUCUGACCGAGUGGUAAGGGCCAGGCCCACUCUGAAGUGCAUCAGUGUGGAAGUGGGUCGUAAAAGAUACAAUAAAAGAGAAGCACUGCUGGCUAGGUACGCCCCAAUUAUUCAGGCACACAGUCUCUCCUCCUGUUUGUUUGCCUCUGCAGUCAAAUGGCACCUCCUCCAGGUCUGCAAGGUCAGCUUAAUCUGGCAGUUAAAGUAAUGAGUUUUGUUCCUUAGAUUUUUAGCUUGGUGUACAUGAGACUCAAACCUCAGUGAUAUGAACCUCACUGACAUAUGGCACAGUGUAACUGGCGCAAAUAACAACUCAUAGUGAUUGUUAUAUGUUCCACCACCUGAGUUUUAAAAAUAGGACUCUGCUGGCACAGAACUUUCCACCUAUGAUCAUGAUUAUCAUCAGUUAACCUGAACUGAUAACCAAGUGCUGCUUAUCAGCUGCAACAACCAGCAAUUCAACACAGAACUUCUCAGUCUCAGAGAUAUAACACUUUGCCCUUAAGUGUUUGUACAAUCUACCAAACUAUGUGUACAGUAUGAUCUCGUCAACAGGAUGUAAUGAUAGUAUGGCCUGCCAGGAAUCAAUUAGUGCAGUCAGUCACUCGAACCAUGCUGAUUAUGAUCGUGUAAGCAUAAAUGAAAACACUGGCAAGUUCCACUCCUGUUUAUUUGUGUACAGUCAUUCUAGUUUUGAAUGUUUUUGUACGGCUUGCACAGCUAAAAGUGAUGUGAGUCUGGACACGCUCAGCAUUUACGUAUUGUGAUCUUGUGAUUUGUGGCCUCUUGUCACAAAAGGGCUUUAGUUUACAUGAAUGCAUCCAGUGUCCUGAGACACAAGAGAUCCCAAAUCAAGGAAAAUAUCUGUAUUUUCUGUAAAAUGCCAGCAAAAACAAACCGCUAUGAUUUCAUAUGUGUUGCUUGAUGAGGCUUGUUAGCACACAUGUUUCCUGAGUCCCUCAAUUUCACACUGAAUGAUUCCAUCAGCUUGAUCACUGGAAGGCAACACGUAAUGCAUCUCGGAGCCAUUAGCAGCAUUUCCAGAGCUGAAGCGACCGCAUGUUCAUCAUGUGCACCGUAACUUGCUGAUGGUGUGUUUGACGAAUCAAUCACGGGUGGUGAUUUGGCCUUUAGAGAUUUAUCUUAGUUGUCGAUCAGAGGAUGCCCCCUGACUGUCUGCAGUUGGCUGUGUUAGACUUGUACAUGCAGGAGGCUUCCUCAUACCUGGGUGUCAUCCAUCCUCUUCUACACACCUCAAGCACUUUUUGGACUCUUCUCCGCAGAGACACACACAAGAACCUCCAGUAGCAGCAUCCCGGUGAGCGGCACUAAAGACAGAAGUGUCAUGACAUGCUGCGGCAAAUUUAAAAAAAAAAGGAACUGGGGAGGAUACAAAACCAUGAUAUUUAAAAUGUUUUAAAAAAAAAAAGGUUGUGAAGUGGUCUGGAUCAAGUCAUCUCUCUUGAUUUGUUUUGCACAACUCACAGUAUAUGUUCAAGAUUGUCAUACUGUUGUACUUGAUUGUAGUAUGGACUGCAUCUCUAAGCAUGGUGCUCAGUGAAGAUGGGUAGUAUUGUAAAUUGUACAAAAUAUCAGACGAACUGCAAGUAACUUGCAUCACUCUAACUUUCUGUUACCUAAUAUUGUGCACUGCAGGCAGUGAGCAGAAUCGUACAGUAUUACUGAGUAAUACAUAUACACUGUACUGAAUAUAGACUUGACUUGCAUUUAGUUACUGUGCAGCUACAAACUGUUGUUGAAAAUAACUGAAUACUCAUUGUGCUGACCUCCAGUUACAUCUACUAUAUGCUGUAGUAUACAUGCAAAUUACAGGCAGUUCAAACAUACAGUUGACAAAUAGUAAAAUAGGAUUACAGUGCAAAGUAACGUAGACACAUGUUUAUAUAAAUGACAUAAAGAUGUAUGGUACAUCCAUAAAACAUGCCAUUGUUAUCAAAAAAGUCUGAUGGCAGCAUUAUGUAAAGAAAGGCUAGCUUUAAUCCUGCAUAAUGAUAUGAUUGGUUAGACUUUUCCAUACAGUUUUUACUAGACAGAUACUUAGAGCCCAACAAGAGCUUAAAAUGAUGGAGUGGUAUGAAUCAGUUCAGUGACAAAAUCAGUUUCUUGCUUGUAUUAACUCUCGACCUAAUAACUACGCUGCAUGAACAGGGCUCGCCAAAGUAGAUGACAUUUAUUCACUGUCACUUAAAGUGUAAGAUAUAGAUUUAGAGUAGUGGUGCUGGUGCUCUAAGCAGUAGCUUUAAAUUGUUCUCGAUUACAUCAACUUCUGUUUAUUGCUAAGUGAACAUAAGAAUCAAGUCUUUGGCGCCCAUGGUCGGACAUUAGGGUGAAGGAUGAGCCUCUCUUAGAGCCAGCUUUAUCCCAAUUCUGAAUGUUUUGAUUUAUUAAACUGUCUGAUAACACAAAAUAUAGUUCAAUAUAAUAGUUUAACAGCAGGAGGGUCUUUUUUGUUAGAAUUUGCCUUGGUGGUGUGAUUGAUAAAUAUCAUAGACAUGCAUUUCAUUCCUCAGUGCAUUGCAUUUCUCAACGAGUCUUCUGCUGAUGUUUCGCAUCAACAACACCUCAUGCCUUAAUGUACAGUGUAGUGUAUGGUAUCGAAUGUAAAGUAGUGUUACUGUGGUUACUAGUUUGUUUGCUCUAUGUUCAGUUACCAUGGUGCUCUCUAGGUUGUGUGUGCGUGUGUGUGUACCUGUAAAUGUACAUAAUCCAUAAUUUGGAUGUAAAGCGAUCGACUUGUGAUCGAUUCCGUGAGUGAGCUUCAGUUUGAACACUGCAGAGGGUUUAAGUCCUUUUAAAGCCGUAAACACAAAACUAAUUAAGGACUAUCAAGGCCACACUAGACUAACAUAAUGACAAAUCAUCAAUUUGUGACAUUAACCAUGUAAUGAAUGCAGGGAUUUCAAAUCUGUUCUAUUGUUUUAAAAAUCGCUUUAUGCUAACAAUCUCCAGUUUUGGAGUCUGCAUAGUUACAAAAUGCGGAGACAGCGUGGCCAUCAGGAGUAAGACUGUAACUCAAACAUGUAAAUAGAAAUUGUGUGAUGACUUGCAAUUCAAACUUGGCAUAGCAAUUGAUACAAGCUAUUGCAUAGUUUAACAUAUGUAAUGUUUUUGUACUAUGCAUACUGAAAUGUCUGACUUUGAAAUUACAAACUUGCACUGCUUUGUAGCACCAGGUUCUAUUCAAACUGCAUUAGAUGGUAUAGCAACAUCAUUAUUAGAUAUGUAGACAACAUCAGGUAAAAAAACUAUAAAUAAAUAAACAAAUAAAAAAAAAUUAGAUCAUAAAUUACAAACAAGUUGUCACUGGGGCCCUUUUCCAUAUGUUUGGGUGCUAAUUUCACCGCUGCAGAGAAGCACAAACCAAAGGGAGCUUUAGCAGCACCAGGAAUAUAUUAUAUAUGCUGCACAAUCACUACUGCAUAGUUUAAGAGGCCUUGUUCUGAAAUGGUUGAAGAUUAAAUAAAUAAAUCAAUAAAAAAAAAACAUUAAAUGACAAGAAAAAAACUUGAAUGUUUUCUCAGUGUUCAAAGCCUGGGUGACGUUUUCCUUAGUCAUCAGGUAUUUUUGUUCUCAAGAGCUGUUUUUAUUGUUUAGGAGCUGUAAAUCUGAAAUUCUGUAGCAUGUGUUCUUGAAAAUGUGUAAAUAAUAUUUACUAAAUAAAAAAGGAAGCAACGUGA